GUUCAGGACCCGGCGAUAAACACGUGACGCGUUCAUUCAUGCAACAGUUAAUAUGAUCACAUGGCGUCAUUUUCAUUAUAAUAAUAAAAAUUCUUAUUAUUGUUGUUGUUAUGUAAUCACAGAACUGCACGCGCACCGAAAACGUAAUCCAAUGAAGGUUGUCCAGGUCAGCUGACGGACCUGAUUGAGACCAUGUGACCCGUCGAAACGAAAGCGAGCCGGCAGGGGAGGGACAGAGAGACAGAGAAGGGUGCGGGUUCGAGACGCGGGACGCUGUCGCGGUAUUCAGCUCACGGCUCCGGGAGGUUCGGGCCCGGUUCGGAGGAGAGCGCGUGCGGGGGAGCGGAGGGCGCGUGCACGCGCGCGGGCCGGUACCGAUCGCGGACAGUGACAGAGUGAGAGUCGGUGGAGGUGUGCGGUACCGUGGAGCAGCCUGGUCAGUGCCGGCUGAAUAGGGUACCAAGCAGAGCGCAGCCUUCGCACCUGGAGCGGCAAGCCCUGGGGGGUCACUAGGAGAGGACCCAUGGCUGCAGAGCAGAACUCCCCUGACGGCUCUACGCCGUCCAGCACAGCAUGGACCCCCAACGAGGAGACGGCUCUCUCUCCCACCCACGCGCCCGGCCCCUCCAAACCGCAGGACUCGUACCAGCAGAUCGGAGGCAGGCAGGGCUCCUCUUUCUUCCAGACGCUGAUCCACCUGCUGAAGGGCAACAUUGGCACAGGUCUGCUGGGGCUGCCGCUGGCCGUGAGGAACGCGGGCCUCGUGCUCGGCCCACUGAGCCUCCUAGUGAUGGGUGUCGUUGCCGUCCACUGCAUGCAAAUCCUGGUCCAGUGCUCCCAUCACCUCUGCACCAGGCUGAGGAAGCCCUUUCUUGAUUACGGCGAGACCUUUGAAUCCAGCAUGGACGGCGUGCCCUGGCUGAGGAGACACGCCACGUGGGGAAGACGCCUGGUCAACCUGUUCCUGAUCAUCACUCAGCUCGGCUUCUGCUGCGUUUACUUUGUGUUCGUCAGCGACAACGUGAAGCAGGUUGUGGAGGCUGCCAAUGGCACCACGUGGAACUGCCACAACAACCAGACGGCGUUGAUCGUGCCGAGCUUGGACUCGCGCCUCUACAUGCUGUGCUUCCUGCCCUUCGUCGUCCUGCUGGUGUUCACGCGCAACCUGCGUUACCUGGUGCCCUUCUCUUUCUUGGCCAACCUGGUCAUGUGCAUCAGCCUGGUCGUCAUCUACUGGUACUCUUUAGCGAACAUCAGGAGCCCCAUUUCGCUGCCCUACAUCGGAACGGCCAAGGACUAUUCCCUCUUCUUUGGGACGGCAAUAUUUGCCUUUGAGGGCAUUGGAGUGAUACUGCCGCUGGAAAACAAGAUGGAGAGGCCUGAGCGGUUCGGCGUGGUCAUCUACAUCGGCAUGGGCAUCGUGACCACCCUCUACAUCAGUCUGGGCACCAUCGGCUACCUGUGCUUCGGGGAUGCCAUCGCCGGCAGCAUCACCCUCAAUCUUCCCAGCUGCUGGUGGUAUCAGAUCGUGAAGCUGCUCUACAGCUUCGGCAUCUUCAUCAGCUACGCCUUGCAGUUCUACGUUGCUGCUGAGAUCAUCGUCCCCUGGGUUAUGUCCCGUGCGCCGAGCUGGUGUGGGCUCCCCUUGGACCUCGUCAUCCGCACCGUCUUGGUCAUCUUCACCUGUGCCCUGGCCAUCCUGAUCCCAGAGCUGGACCUGGUCAUCUCCCUGGUGGGUGCCGUGAGCAGCAGCUUCCUGGCGCUCAUCUUUCCCCCCGUGCUGGAGCUGCUCACCUUCUACAGCGAGGGCCUCUCUCCCUGGCUGAUGUUCAAGAACGGCAUCAUCGCCGUCAUCGGCCUGGUGGGCUUCGUGGCCGGGACCUACACCUCCGUCGAGGAGAUCAUCGAACGCAACAGCAAGCGCAACAGCACGGCCCUGUUUGGUCUUUGAGAGGGGGUGGGGCUAAGUGUUGGAGCAGGGUUACCGCACAUAUCACCGUUGCACUUUGUCAUCCUGUUUCCAUGGUACUCGCACACCCUUUGUUGUGGUGCACACACACUUCCAUUAAUGGCAGCUGGGAAAUGAUCUCAAGUGUUUCCCUUCUUUUUGCUUUAAUCCACAUGAAAACCGUCAUUGCUGUCAAAUACCUUAUUUCACCUGAAAUGUCAAAAAUUGGUUGACGGGAGGCGAGUAAUCAAGUCAGCUGCUAUUAUCUAGGAUACAGCUUCCCUGGAAGGAUAUAAUGUACAUUUUUUGCCUUUUUUUGUUUUUAACCCCUUGAUGUGCAGUCCCACCAUUUCUGUGCCAGGGCUUCAGCUCUAGCCCUUAUUCCAUUCAGUUUCUCUUUUUUUCCACUUCAUGCGGAAGUCCUGCACAGAAAGCUGAGUGUGGAAGACCAGCGUGCGUCUCGCUCAGCUCAGCGGUCUGGGAAGCAACGUUCAGUCCGAGUGCGAGCGCCCAUGUGACUGAAACGGUCACCCUCAGGGCCUCAGCUUCCUGAGUGCUGCUUUGUCCACUGAGAGGGGAGCUCAUACAGCUUCGCAUAAAUUAUUAAAUAUCUAUAGCUUCAGGAAUACAAGAGCAGGGGCGUCAUAUACACAGUUAGACACUCAGAAGUGUUUGAGUAUUUUUGUUUGCAGGGAUGCACAAUUCCUUAACUGGACUUAGUUACCAUGGCGACUUAAUGAAUCCACACUGUGGCCCCAGCAGCCAAGUAGAUGCCGCAGAGCCCGGGUUCUGUAGCUGGAGGGGGCAAGUUGAGUGAGCCGAGUAUUAGUUUUUCAAGGCAAUGGACAUGCCAGGGGCCAUAUUACCAUUGAACAAGGUGCCUUCUGGGAAUUAGUUAAGGAUGUGCUAAUGGUGCUCAGGGCCAGCAAGGACGGCCAGGCGGAAGCGCUAACCCCAGCAGUGUUCCCAGUGAGGUCGAGCGGUUCCGCCAAGGACGCCUCGCACAGAAAGACACACUGAUGCCUCCACCUGCUAUGUGGAAUGGAUGCCGGUGCACGUAUUUAUGGGAGAUUUAUGAAAUAUCGUUAUGUGUCUGUAAACGCUAGUCCUUGAAGUGCACCUGCCGUCAGCACGCUCCCACUUCUCUGUAGCACCAGUAACUUUAGUACUCUGAUUCAGUCCUUUUGGCAAUUGUGUAUUAAUUUGUGCCAAAUACAUAUUUUUAUAUUUAAAAGUAGUAAUUAAUCAUGUAGAAAAUGGCCAUUAUAAGUGGAAAUAUGGUUAUACAUAAUAUAAAAAUCAGACCAUGGACUAAACAUUCUGAUAACAAGGUGGCCUGACACAGCAACACAGGAGCGUUCCCAAACACACGCACAAAACCACAGCCUGCCACCGGGCAGUUUGUUGGAACCCGGGACACCAGUGGCAGUCGUGUUCCAGAGGGUAAUGGAGGCGGUUAAGGAACUCCCACUCCUGCGGUCAGGGCUGCUGGGGCAGAAUGGUAUGAUGUUUAAUUUCCUCUCUCUCACCACCAGGCGACUCCUGUUUUGCUUUUAGAAAACUGCACAUAUUUCACUUUUUUUGUUUAUCAUUAAAACUGUUCAUUUUUGUUUUACCAUUUUCACCACCAGGUCCCUGUUUCUUUUACUUUCGUUGCUCGUGUUUGGGAGGAAGUCCUGUGCUGUGCCGGGGUCAGUAGCGCCAGCUCUUCUGUGCUCGGGCCAGACUUUGACCACCCGCUGCUGCU